CAACACUGAGGCAUCAUGGCACCCGCCGGAAGACCUGGAGCCAAGAAGGGUAUUUUAGAACGUCUGGACGCCGGGGAGGUUGUGAUUGGAGACGGCAGUUUUCUCAUAACUCUGGAGAAGAGGGGCUAUGUGAAGGCCGGCCUCUGGACUCCAGAAGCCGUGCUAGAGCAUCCCAACGCAGUUCGUCAGCUUCACAUGGAAUUCUUGAGAGCGGGAUCCAAUGUCAUGCAGACGUUCACCUUUUCUGCCAGUGAAGAAAAUAUGGAAAUCAAGUGGGAGGAUGUCAAUGCUGCUGCCUGUGACCUUGCCAGAGAAGUGGCUGGCAAAGGCGAUGCCUUGGUAGCAGGGGGGAUCUGCCAGACAUCAAUAUAUAAACACCGCAAGGAUGAAGCAAGAGUUAAAAAACUUUUUCAACUACAGUUAAAAGUUUUUGCCAGGAAAAAUGUGGACUUCUUGAUUGCAGAGUAUUUUGAGCAUGCUGAAGAAGCUGUGUAGGCUGUGGAAGUCUUAAAAGAAUCUGGUAAACCUGUGGCAGCUACUAUGUGCAUAGGCCCAGAGGGAGACAAGCAUAAUUUGACACCUGGAGAAUGUGCUGUUAAGCUGGUGAAAGCAGGGGCUUCGAUUGUUGGUGUGAACUGCCGAUUUGGGCCCGAGAUCAGCUUGAAGACCUUGAAGCUCAUGAAGGAAGGCCUCCAGGCUGCGGGGCUGAAAGCGCACCUGAUGGUGCAGCCCCUGGGCUUCCACACACCUGACUGCGGCAAGGGAGGGUUUGUGGAUCUCCCGGAAUACCCCUUUGGACUGGAGCCCAGAGUUGCAACCAGGUGGGAUAUUCAAAAAUAUGCCAGAGAAGCCUACAACCUGGGGGUCAGGUACAUAGGUGGGUGCUGUGGAUUCGAGCCCUACCACAUCAGGGCGAUCGCAGAGAAGCUGGCCCCAGAAAGGGGCUUUUUGCCGCCGGCUUCAGAAAAACACGGCAGCUGGGGAAGUGGUCUCAACAUGCACACCAAACCAUGGAUUAGAGCCAGGGCUAGAAGAGAGUAUUGGGAGAAUCUGUUACCGGCUUCAGGCAGACCUUUCUGUUCUUCCUGGUCAAAGCCAGACGCCUAAGAAAUAACAGAACAGAAAAAAAUCCCCCUCAAGGCCCAUCUGGACCCCUUCCUCGCCUUUACCCUAACUCCACCCCGAUGAUUCCGCCACUAAUGUGCUGCAGCCCCUUCAGUUGAAUACCAUGCAUGAGCAUUGCACCCCUGCUGUGGUUAUGCACCGAGGGAUGCUGCAGGGGAUGCAAUGACAAUGAGAGAGUCUCCUUGUUCUCAGUAUUUCCUGUCCAGUAUACUGCACUACAUUGUUUUCCACGUUGUCAAGAAUAGCAAAACUUGUCUUGGGAUGAAUUAAAGACUAAAAAAUAACCAGAAGUCACUGAGCAACAUCCUAGUGAUUAAUUCAGGUAACUAAGCUAGGAACUUGAGAAAGGUGGAGUGGCAUUCUGAACUAGCACACUGAGUCUGCUUUUCUGAAAUGAUCUGUAGAAUGACUCCAAAGGCGUUUCCAAAAGAAAAGAAGCAAAAACUGUUUUGAAAAAUGGAAGGAUUUUGAAGUAAGUGUAUAACUUUCCAAAGUGAUUACUUUCCAAGAUGAUAUACUUAAAGGUGUGAGGCUCCAGAAUUUUUAAUGUUUUUAUAAUCAUGAAUAACUAGAUUGUAAACUAUUUAGGAGCAAGGACAAUGAGAUAACAUCUUAUAUUUUUCCUUAUAGUAUUUAUCAUUGUGCUAGGCAUAAUAAUAGGUGCUCAAUGAAAUACCUAUUCUUUAAAAUAAGUAAAAACAAACAGUUUUAGAAGACCUUUUUAAAAGUUAAUGUUCAAGUCUAUCUUGGUCUAAUAUUUUCUUGGUUUAUCUCUAUGUUAUUUUCUAUGAUUUCUCUCUGUUUUUCAAAAUAAUGUAUCAAUUUGUGACAAUUACUAGAAGUAAAGAUCAUUUACCUUUUAUAGUGUUUGAUUAUUUACAAUUUCAUGGAUAUUCUUUGAAAUAAUAACAACAAACAUUUAUUAUUUAUGUCCCAGGCUUUUGCUUUUCUUUCUCUCUCACUGUGAGAGUGGAUGCUCACACAAUAAUAGCUUGCUUAGUAGAUAAAGGUUA